UUCAUCUCAGCAGGAGAAGCAUAUGGAACCCAGCAAAAGCCUUGAAGGGAUUGGAAAAUUGGAAGGCAGAAGAUAGAAGAAGGGUAUCACAGAACACAACACAGCAGAACACAGAAAAGUCUCUCUGAGUUGAAAGGAGAAGCUACAAUGCCCAUCAGAUGUAUUUUACAUUGGCAACCCAGCCAAGGAACUAUGGUGAACAGCCAAAUCCUGAAUGAAAUUUCGCAGUGCGUUGAAAGCCUUAACGGCGUCAAAGAAGGAAGAUGCAAAGCCUCCCUCACAUUCUACAGACCUAAUUUACGAGACCCGUCCACGGCCAUUGAUUUCCCUAGAGAUUUUCUGGGGAUUUCGAUGCUAGAGCAGCCCAACAAAUACUACUUCAUCAUUCGUGGCCAGAAGAUUGUUCUGGAGGCCGAUUAUUCUAUCUUGACUAUCAUGGAGAAACUCCAGUCCUACAAGUCCAAAGUGACCCUUCAUUUCGAGGGAGCCCUGUAUAAAUUGGGAGACUUUCAGAUUAGAGUGAUUAAAGUUGUUCCCAAUCAAGCAGAAAGUCUCAGAGGAAUUAUGAUUGAGAUUGAGUAUCUUCCUAUUUCUUCAGUUGAAAAAUCCAAGCACAUUAUGGAAGAUUUCAUUGAUUUGUGGAAAGAAGUAGUGUCUAAAAAAUCAUUAGCGGGUCAGUUCGUGCAUACAGAACCAAAUUAUGCAGAAUAUGGACUUUCUGACAAUUAUACUUUUCAGCAUACUGCUGUUCAGUAUGCUGCUGCAUUGGCCCAACUAAUUCAAUCUUCACAGCAACUAAUUCAAUCUUCACAGCUACGAAACUAGAACCUUUCUCGUUGUUUACAUGAAAGUUGAAAGAUCACUCUUUCCUUUGAGGGAAUUCAAUCUUUGAUACUCCUUUUGUGUAUUAUACCAAGAAUCAGAAUGUGAAAUUUAAUUGACAAAAUCCUUUUUUUUCUA